AUGAUCAUCCCCGUCAGGUGCUUCUCGUGUGGUAAAGUGAUAGGUAACUUGUGGGACAGUUAUCUGGAGCUGUUAGCUGCUGGGGUGGAUGAAGGUGAUGCGUUGGAUAGACUUCAAUUAAAACGUUAUUGUUGUCGAAGAAUGGUUUUGACCCAUGUCGACCUCAUCGAGAAGCUGUUGAUGUACAAUCCACUCUCACGAGAUCGAUAA